GCUUCUCUUCACCCAGGUGUACAAAUGGGUACCAGCAAAUAUGUUGGGGGUAACCCUGCGAUGGACUAGCAUCCCAUCCAGGGGGGAGUAACAAUACUCCUAGCCGCUUCAUGCUAAAGGAAACCGGAGCUAGGCGCCGGCCCCAUGGGCCACUUGGGCCUGUAUAAAGGCUUUUAUUUAUCUUUGAGGCGAGGGGCACUAUGCGGUGCCUUCUAUUUACAGUGCUGUUACUCUCGCUUACCGUAUUCGAGCUUGGUAAUGGAGAGGAAAGCGUUUCUGAUGUAAGCAUGACGAAGAAGGAUCAGGAAAUCGAUGAUUUAGCAAAUCUUGAGGAUGACGACCAACCAGACGAUAACGCUCAAGAUAGGUGGUUGGCCCCAGAGCUGUACGAUGAAAUAGAAAAGCGUAGUAAAGGCAAGAACCAAAAUAAAAACAAAAACAAAAACAAGAACAAGACCACACCCGCCCCAACAGGCAGGCCAGGGGAAGAGGGUCAGGAGGAGCUCCCGACAAAGAAGAAUAAAGGAGGAAGCAAUAAAAAUAACACGAAUAAGAAUAACCCAAAAAACAGGCCAGCUAAGAAUCUGUUUUCAGAGAAAGAAAUACCUUUUUGGUUUUUCCCCUUGGGAUGCUACGAAGACAAAGGUCCGUUAGCCUGGAAAAAACCCAAGCUUCGCGAUAUAGAGACACUGUACUUUAACAGCCGUGGAAGGAUCGACUGGAGAUUAAACAACUUCAGGGACCCGAUAAUGAGAUGCGCACAGGCUGCCCAAGCCAAAGGAUUCCUGUGCUUUGGUGUUCAGUUUUACGGUGAAUGCUGGGGAUCCGUUACUGCCUGUGAGACUUACAACAGUUAUGGAAAAUCGAUGAGGUGUACCGGAGGCGCCGGUGUUUAUUGGGCUAACUUUGUUUACAAGGGUAGAUGUGGAUCAGCGUAUGGGUGUUGUCCUGACAGAGCUAUGCCAGCUCUUGGCAAAAACUAUGAAGGUUGCCCAGAUUGUACCACUGUUGUGGACAUAGUUUUUAUUGUCGACUCGUCUGGAAGUAUUGGAAGGAAAAACUUCAACACGAUGAAAGAUGUUUUACUCAAGCUCGUCCGCCAUUUCUCCGUCAGUGAAUCUUACGCUCGAGUUGCUAUCGUUCAAUACGCUACUAAUGCAAGAAGAAUUUUUUCACUUCACAAAUCACAGCGACGGGGAUUUCUGGAACUUCUGAGGAGUAUUUUAAGAAUGCGUUACACUCAAGGGGGAACGAAAACUGGAAAGGCCCUGGAUUUGGCGGCCAGAAUGCUGCGCCAUUCUAAGAGAAUGGUUAAUCGCAAGAUCAUAAAACAUUAUAAGGAAGUUAUGGUCUUAACUGACGGCGUUACAAAUAAAGAUGACAAGAAAAGAUUAAAACGGAGAGCGGCUGCUCUAAAAGCAAUCUCUCACGUAAUAGCUUGUGGCGUUCAGGGAAAGGGGUACGACGCCAAGAAACAAAAGCAGCAACGUAAGGAGUUAAGUGAGAUCGCCAGUAAGGAGAGCGAUGUAUUCUACGCGCCAUCCUUCCAGAAGCUUAAAAAACUCGUGAGUCCAAUAGCCCGUCUCGCAUGCCCACUGAACAAGAAUCGUAAACUGGUGUGAGGAGAUUCGAACGGGGUGUAAUCACAAGCUAAGGUGCAUGGCAGUGAUAAGGGUGCUGGGACCUGAAAACUUGCUGGAAAAGUUUAUUUUGCAAUCAAAAGUGUAAACAAUACGGGAAUAAAAAAAAUGGGAAAAAAUAGAAAAUUAAAGAUUGCGAUUUUUCCCCUAAUGAGAUAUGGCAAACAGAAUAUUUUUCCAUUAACAUUUAUUUCCCCUUUGUGCAAUCAUAACAGCAAUAAUACAGAAAAGACAUACAGCAUUGCUUAAAAUCAACCAGUUAGAGCGCUUGUGUACGAAUCUCACACACAGACUUUAAAUUUGUUCCCAUAAAAGU